UUUUGUGAUUGAUAACAUAACCAAAAACUCAAAGACCAAAGAGUCUAAUCUUAACUUUUGAUAAAACUACUCACUAUUUUGAAUUAUGAUGUAAAAUGAAUGAUUCAAAAAUAAUUGUGAUAUUGUUAUAUACAUUGAGUUUUUCGAUUUUUUUUGAAACUUGUUAUUCAGACAUAUGUAUUAAUGAAAACCCUUGUUUAUGUCAAAUAACUGAGUACACCAAAAUAGACAUAUCAAAACUUCUAGGGGAUGAAAAAUAUCUUGAAGAUUCUAGUUAUGAAAGUGGGACAGCUGUGACUUAUCGCUUUUCUGGUUGUAAAAAUUUCAGCUAUAAUGUCACUGUUGGAAAUAAAAUACAAGAAGAUUCUGCUUCGCUCAUCCAGAUAAAUGGAAUGAAUACAACAAAAUUGGGUAUAGCUAAAAACAUCCAUUUCAACUUUGAUUCUGAUGAGGGAUAUCAGAUAAUUUACAGAAAUGGUUCAGAAUCUGAUGUCAUUGCCACAGUGAACUUAGUGUGUGUUCAGUUUAAAGAAACAUUCUUCAAAGUCAUUAGCGAUAAAUCCAAAGAUUUUCUUGUUGGGUCGCCUAAAGUAUGUGUGAUCACAGAACAUCAAGGACUGAGUGGAGGUUCAGUUUUUUUGAUCAUCCUCAUAGUUUUAGCAACUGUUUAUUUCAUUGGAGGGGCCCUGAUCUCAUAUUUCAUAAGAGGAGCAAGAGGUGUUGAAAUUGUUCCGAAUAUAGAUUUUUGGCGGAAUUUACCUGGCUUGGUAAAGGAUGGUGCCAUAUUUUUACUCUCAGGCUGUAAACCCACUUUAGUCACAUCAUCAGAGACUUAUGAUAGAAUAUGAUUUUGUAUUAUAAGAGAUAGUUUUUCAACUCUUUUCUUUACUGUAGUAGGCUGUUUAUUUUGU